CCGGAAGUGAAGGUCACAAAAUAAAUUUCCCAAAACCUUUAUCAAGUCUUCAGAAAAUGUAUGCCUUUUAGAUUUGAAGCUUAAAACCAGAAGAAGAAUGAUGUGACAUUAAUUACAUCCAUUUAAGGUAUAGAAUGAUGGCUACUUCAGGCCUCAAGGGACCAAGUGAGGCCUCAGAAUCAUUGAAGAAAUAUGUCCAACGAAACCAGAAGGGACAAGAAAUGCUUGUGGUCCCGGAAGGAAAAUGGAAAGGCUGGGUUCCUCGAAGCAUCUACUCAAUGAGACUGGAGGAAGUAUGCUUACCUUUCCUUAAAUUACAGUCCUUUCCGGUAGGUGGCACUGCCAUAGGAAGCUUAGUUUCAAUGAAAUAUUUCAAUGCAACUGGCAAUUAUAUACAGAGGCUUCCAAAUUCUUUUGGGACAUGCAAUGACCUUGAAAGGUUGAAUCUCAGUUUUAAUUUGUUAGAUCAGAUACCAAGCUCUGUUUUCUGUUUAGAAAAUUUAACAAGUUUAGACAUCAGUGAUAAUGAUAUUUCAUUUCUAUCACCAGAAAUCAGCAGAUUGAAAAAAUUACGAGAAUUGAAUGCAUGUGGAAAUAUUUUAUCAGAAGUACCUGAAGAAUUGGCAGAAUGUCAAAAUCUGCAAAAAUUGAAUUUAUCAAGGAAAUGGCACCCAAAAGAUGGCGCAAUAAAAGUCUUACCAACAGCUGUGUGUCACAUAAAAGAAUUGACAGAACUCAAUAUAAGUUGGCAUCAAAUUAACACUAUACCAGAUGAUAUACAAAACUUGACAAAAUUGCAACGGCUAAUUAUGAAAGGCAAUUAUCUCAAAUAUGUUCCAAGUAGUAUUGGCAAAUGUUUGAAAUUACAAGAGUUAGAUUUGUCAGGAGCUAUGAAACUAAAUUCUUACAUUCCACCAGAACUGUUCUUUUUGAAAGAAUUGAAAGUUUUAAAUAUAAGCGGUAACUAUUUUACAGAGAUUUCUAAGGAUAUAAAGGGGCUGAAAAAUCUACGUAAAUUAAUUAUUCAAAGAAAUGCUUUGUUGAGAUUACCAAAUGAACUUUUUAAAUGCAAGCGAUUGGAAAGUCUACAAUUUAGCGAUAAUUAUUUAGAAGAAUUACCUCCCUUAGUUAAAAGAUUGAAAAAUCUUAAAUAUAUAGAUCUCCAAGGCAACAAGCUAAAGUCACUUCCUGAUGAAAUUUGUCAAUGUGAAAACCUUGUUCAGAUAAACAUUGCAAUGAAUGUGAUGGAGUCUUUACCGGAUUUGAUUUAUUUAUUAGAAAAUCUGCAGGAAUUGAAUAUUGAAAACAAUAGACUUAAAUCUCUGCCUCCAAUGAUGGAUAAAUUGGAUAAGUUGGAGAGAUUGAGUCUCCAUAGUAACGUGUUGUCAUUGCCACCCCAAGAAGUUUGUCAGUUUGGCAUAGAGACAGUAUUUAAAUUUUUGAGAGAGUUAAGGAUAAGUCAGGCUAAGCAUAGAAGGAAAAUGAUAUUGAUUGGGGCAGCAAAAGCUGGAAAGACUAGCUUACGCAAUGCCCUAAUGCUUGGAAAAUCAAAACUUACCGCUGAGCAUGAGAGAACGUGGGUGUUAGAGAGACAUCUCUGGGAACCGGAGUCGGAUCUUCGUGUACAGUUGUUAGAUUUUGGUGGUCAUCAUAUAUACUCAGCAGCACAUCAUCUUUUUCUCACACCUGAGGCUCUUCAUGUGCUAGUUUGUGACCUGUCCAAGUACAGUCCAGAUUUGUAUGAUUAUAUGGUGGGCAGCUGGAUUGAUGCCAUCAUUGACCGUGCACCUGGUGCAACAAUCCUACUUGUUGGAACACAUGCUGAUAUGUGUGAAGACCAUCAGAUUGAGGAACAUACUAUUAAUAUCAUUGAAAAAAUGCAGGCUGAUGAGAAAGAGAAGGUUCAGGAUCUGCAGUUUGAGGUUGAAAAACUAAGAACGGAUUUGAAAGCUACUGCAGGAAAAGACAGCGGAACAAAAUUUGAGGACAUUAAAACUCAGCGACUACGUGAGAAAUUGAACCAUCUUCACAAAUUGUUAAACGAGAGAGUGCCACUUCCUAACAAAAUGUUUGUGGUGAGCUGUGCAGAAGAUUUCCUCAACAUCCCUGAAUUUAAAGCAGAUCUGACAAAAAAACUGAAGGAGACUGAUGAGCGACCACUCCCAAAAGCAUGGUAUUUGUUCUUGACAAAACUGCAUGAGGUGACAGAUAAAGUUCUUCAUUGGGAACAAGCUAUUGCAUUAUUUGAAGAAACCAUGAGUAACUUAAAUCAGUCCAUUAUUUCAUUAGAAGGAUCUGCAGAAAAGAGCCUCGAUGUGAUUCUGCGGUACUUACAUUCAACCGGAGAAAUUAUUUGGUAUCAUGAUAACCCUAAGCUGCGUGGACUUGUUUUCCAUCGUCCAGAAACCCUGGUGGAAAUGUUGCGUACAAUUUUCCACCACGAUUUUAAGAAAUAUGUUAUAUUCGAUGACAGUCACUCUAGAAUGGCAGGGUUGAAUAGAAAUAAAUUUGACUUGAUGAAAGAAGAUUUCCUGACGAAAGGUUUGAUGACCGUUGAGCUGAUGCACUAUUGCUUACUUCAUUUCAAAUUGUCUGCUGAUGCUAGAGAUAUGUUCAUUGAUCUCAUGCUAAAAUUUGACCUUUGCUAUGAAGUUCCAAGGAUUCCUGGUUUACCAAGCACUUAUGGAGCUAGUCGUGUAUUGAGAUUUCCAUGGUUUUUAGAAGCAAAUAAACCAUCAUCUGUAACAUCAACAUGGCCAGAAAGGACGCCAUUUGACACAAUCGAAAUAAGGUACCAGUUAGAAUUUGUGAAGAAAUUACCUCCAAAUUUCUUUGAGAAAUUAAACGCAAGGUUGCAGUCACACGUCUUGAACAGAGAGGAUUGGAAAAAUGGAACAUUAGCAUUCAGAAAUAGAUCAAAAUUACUUGUAGAGAAAACCACAGAAAAUGGCAAUGUCAACGUAAAUGUAUCAGUGAGAGGAAGCGAUAUUCAGGAGUUGUGGUUCCUAAUUUUGAAAGUCAGUGACGAUAUGUUGUCAUUGCUGUUGGAAUGGCCAUUUGUUCGAUUUGAAAGAUAUUUAUAUUGUUCCCAUUGUGUACUAAGGGGAGAUAAUGAUCCUACUAAGUACCCCGGAGAAGUGCUAGAGAUGAGGUGCCAGAAGGGAAUGUAUGAGGUCUACCCCUGUAACAAACAGAAGGAUGCCAUGGUGCCUUCAUGUCUUGUAGUACCACUUGAUCCAGAGUAUGUGGACGAUGCUGAUCUUGCUGGACAUAUAAGAACUGUGACAGAAUUCCUUAGGAAUCUUUGUGAUACAGUUGAUGGCCCAGGUCAUUUACAGCUGUUCUCUGAAAUAGGUUUGAUGUAUGUAGCAUCUAAACUAGGCUUUGAAUGGACACAGGUGGCUCUAGCCUUAGGCACUACACAACCAGAAAUAGAACAGAUACAGCUAGACAACCCAUACCAGACAACUAGACAGAUUAUAGUGGUUUUGAUUCGAUGGAGGGAUCGACAGAUGAAUAGGUCACAGGAGGAAUCAAUUAGGCAGCUUAUAAAGGCAUUAGAAAUUCCUGAGAGACAAGAUCUUAUUGAUGAUCUGAGGAAGAAAUAUAAUCUACCUGUUGAUGUGUAGAUGAAAAAAAGUGAGUUUAGUUGCAAGAAGAAUUACAUCAACUGUCGAGCUCAAAUUAAUGAAAAGUGCUAUUCCAUUGGAUAAAGAAUAAUAGUGCUAAUAAUUACA